AUGAUGAAGAGACGAACGUCGAAGCGGUUCGUACUUGGUGAUACGACCACAGAUGAUACAAAUUAUGAUGAUGAAGCCUUGGAUGUGAUUCCUAGUGAGAUAGUUCAGAAGUUUCAAAUGACUCUAGAAGCUGAUGCUGAGGCAAAUGAUGAGAAUAAGGAUGAAAAACAAGAACAGGAUAAUAAAUUGCUGAGAUUACCAAAGCCUACAUUGACGCCGUCAAUGUCUCAAGGAACUGUGAUUCACAGCCAACGGUUCCAAGAGAAAGACUUCACAGUAGCCACACCAGAGGAGUUUGUCCGGAGAUUCCAAGGAACAAAAGCAAUAAACAAAGUUCUGAUUGCCAACAAUGGUAUAGGUGCUGUAAAAUGUAUGAGAUCAAUACGAAGAUGGUCCUACGAAAUGUUCAAGAACGAGAGGGCUGUGCGCUUUGUUGUUAUGGUAACACCAGAAGAUUUAAAAGCAAAUGCAGAAUAUAUCAAAAUGGCUGAUCAUUAUGUCCCAGUACCUGGCGGGUCUAAUAACAAUAACUAUGCCAAUGUUGAGUUGAUAGUUGACAUAGCUACUCGAACUCAAGUUCAGGCGGUAUGGGCCGGUUGGGGCCACGCGUCAGAGAACCCAAAACUCCCCGAACUUCUUCACAGAGCUGGAGUAGUCUUUAUAGGUCCACCUGAAAAAGCUAUGUGGGCUCUCGGUGAUAAGAUUGCCUCAUCCAUAGUAGCUCAAACAGCUAAUAUACCUACACUACCAUGGAGUGGUAGUGAAUUGAAAGCCGAAUACAACACAAAGAAAAUAAAAAUUUCGUCAGAAUUAUUUGCUAGAGGCUGUGUGACUACGCCUGAACAGGGAUUGCAAGCUGCGACUAAAAUCGGAUUCCCUGUGAUGAUUAAGGCAUCAGAAGGUGGUGGUGGAAAGGGUAUUAGGAAAGUAGAAAACCCAGAUGACUUCAACAAUAUGUUCCGACAGGUCCAAGCUGAAGUACCUGGUUCACCGAUAUUUGUGAUGAAGUUAGCGAAGUCAGCUCGUCACUUGGAAGUACAACUAUUGGCUGAUCAGUAUGGUAACGCGAUAUCACUCUUUGGCCGCGACUGUUCCAUACAAAGACGUCACCAGAAGAUCAUCGAAGAAGCUCCCGCCGCUAUUGCUAAGCCAGACGUGUUUAUCGAAAUGGAAAAGGCCGCUGUUCGUUUAGCAAAAAUGGUGGGUUAUGUGAGCGCUGGUACGGUGGAAUACUUAUACGACCCAAUAGCUGGACAAUAUUACUUCCUGGAGCUGAAUCCUCGUCUCCAAGUAGAGCAUCCUUGCACUGAGAUGGUCGCUGAUGUCAAUCUACCCGCUGCACAGUUACAGAUUGCUAUGGGUCUCCCCCUAUACCAGAUAAAGGACAUUCGUCUUCUCUAUGGGGAAUCCCCGUGGGGUAGCUCUCAGAUUGAUUUCGAUGAACCCGUACAAAGACCAUCUCCUUGGGGUCACGUUAUUGCUGCUAGGAUCACUUCUGAGAAUCCUGAUGAAGGUUUCAAACCAUCGUCUGGUACAGUCCAAGAGCUGAACUUCCGCUCGUCGAAGAACGUGUGGGGUUACUUCAGUGUCGCCGCUUCUGGUGGUCUUCACGAGUUUGCUGAUUCCCAAUUUGGGCAUUGUUUCUCGUGGGGAGAGACAAGGGAACAGGCUAGAGAAAACCUAGUGAUAGCACUCAAAGAGUUGAGCAUCCGUGGUGACUUCCGUACUACAGUGGAGUAUCUCAUCACCCUCUUGGAGACGCAGGCUUUUCAGGAAAAUAAUAUUGACACGGCAUGGUUGGAUGCGUUGAUCGCUGAAAGGGUGCAAUCGGAGAAGCCUGAUGUGAUGUUAGGAGUCCUUUGCGGUUCCAUACUAAUCGCUGACAGCAUCAUUACUACGCACUUCCAGGAGUUCAAGAGCGCUCUAGAAAAGGGUCAGAUCCAGAGUGCAAGCCAGCUUUCAAACACAGUUGAAGUAGAGUUGAUCCAUGGUGGAAACAAAUACAAGGUCCAAGUGACCAAAUCGGGUCCGACCAGUUAUUUCCUUGCCAUUAAUGGGAGUUUCAAGGAAUUGGAGGUUCAUAAAUUGGCUGAUGGAGGCACACUUCUUUCCGUGGACGGUGCAUCAUACACGAGUUAUCUUAAAGAAGAAGUCGAUAAAUACCGUAUUGUUAUUGGAAAUCAGACCGUUGUCUUCGAAAAGGAAAAGGACCCUUCGAAUUUACGAGCGCCAUCUGCAGGGAAACUUAUCAAUUGCCUGGUGGAAGAUGGUGGACAUGUAGAUAAGGGGCAACCGUACGCGGAGAUUGAGGUAAUGAAAAUGGUGAUGACUCUAUCAGCUCCGGAAGCCGGUAACGUCAGCUGGUGUAUGAGACCUGGUGCUGUACUAGAUCAGGGAUCACUUAUGGGCACUUUGGAGCUAGAUGACCCCUCGCUAGUAACGACGGCUGUGCCCUACAAGGGUCAGUUCCCACUGGGCGACAAUACAUCUCUUUCUGAGAAACUGAAUCAAGCGCACAUCAAAUAUAGAGUUAUUUUGGAGAAUACAUUGGCCGGUUUUUGUCUUCCGGAUCCAUACAACACGCCCCGUUUGAGAGAAGUAGUGGAAAAGUUCAUGCAAAGUCUUCGUGAUCCUUCUCUACCAUUAUUGGAACUACAGGAGGUACUAUCAUCUACUUCCGGUAGAAUUCCUCUGUCCGUGGAGAAGAAAGUCCGGAAGUUAAUGGCGUUGUAUGAGCGAAAUAUCACAAGUGUGCUCGCGCAGUUCCCCAGCCAGCAAAUCGCUAGCGUUAUUGAUCAUCAUGCUGCAUCUCUCACGAAACGCGCAGAUCGUGAUGUAUUCUUCAUGAGCACACAGGCUUUAGUUCUGCUCGUACAGAGAUAUAGAAACGGUAUCCGUGGACGUAUGAAGGCAGCUGUGCAUGAUCUAUUGAAGCAAUACUAUCAAGAUGAAAGUCACUUCCAACUCGGUUCAUACGACAAAUGCGUGAUGGCGCUCCGUGACCGAUACAAGGAUGACAUGCAGGUCGUUGCCAAUAUUAUAUUCUCGCACAACCAAGUUGCUAAGAAGAAUUUAUUGGUAACAAUGCUGAUCGACCACCUUUGGUCCAACGAGCCGGGUUUGACGGACGAACUAGCGGCCACUCUCAACGAACUCACUUCGUUACAUCGCGCCGAACACAGCCGAGUGGCGCUUAGAGCGAGACAGGUUUUAAUAGCAGCCCAUCAACCGGCGUACGAAUUACGUCACAACCAAAUGGAGUCGAUAUUCUUGUCAGCAGUUGACAUGUACGGUCAUGACUUCCAUCCGGAGAAUCUUCAAAAGCUUAUUCUUUCUGAGACAUCCAUAUUCGAUAUACUCCAUGACUUCUUCUACCACACAAACGCUGCGGUAAGUAGAUUUUAUGAUUUACAAUAG